GACUUCCCCAAUCGGCCACCCCCCACCCCCUCCUUCCUUCCUGGCCAGCGCGGCGGCUAUGGCCUCCAUGACCACACCUCGGCUCCCCUUCCUCCCCGCCCGAACCCGCUCCGCCGUCGCCGCCUCCUCCUCUUCGUCCCCCUCCUCCCCGCUACCACGCCUCUCCAUCAAAUGCAGCAGCUCCGCCAACGCUAACUCGGCCCCCCUCCCUUCUACAUCGCGGCAGCCCCGGGCGCCCGUGGCGGACGGCGUAGGGUCCGCCGACCUCAACGGCCUCCGGGCCCCGCCUAUACCUGUCGCCGACCCCCCUCUGCCCGCGUACCGCGAUCCGCACGGGCUGCCUCGGCCUCUCACUAGUGCGGAUCUAAUGGAGUCGAGCGGGGAGGGGCUCAAGGUUGCCUACCAGGGCUUCCCUGGAGCGUACAGCGAGGCUGCAGCAAAGAAGGCCUAUCCAAAUUGCCAGACAGUGCCCUGCGAGCACUUUGAUACUGCAUUUCAGGCUGUUCAAAACUGGAUAGUUGAUAGGGCGGUACUGCCACUUGAGAAUACUCUGGGUGGUAGUAUACAUCGGAACUAUGACCUUUUACUUCGGCAUGAACUGCACAUAGUUGGAGAGGUUCGCCUUGCAGUUCGGCAUUGCUUGUUAGCCAACCGUGGAGUGAAGAUCGGGAACCUAAGAAAUGUCAUUAGUCAUCCCCAGGCUCUUGCGCAAUGUGAGCAUACGCUGACAGAGUUAGGAAUUGAACAUAGACAGGCCGUUGAUGACACUGCUGGUGCAGCAAAGUUAGUCGCAGAACAAAUGCUCCAAGACACUGGUGCUGUUGCCAGUUCAUUAGCUGCUGAACUUUAUGGACUCGAUAUUCUUGCUGAAAAUAUUCAGGACGAAAAAGUCAAUGUCACCCGUUUUAUGAUGCUUGCUCGGGAACCUAUUAUACCCCGGGUUGAUAAGCCAUUCAAGACUAGUAUUGUGUUUUCACUUGAAGAAGGACCUGGACAGCUCUUCAAGGCACUUGCAGUUUUUGCACUGAGGGAAAUCAACCUCACCAAGAUAGAAAGCCGUCCACACAAGAAAAGGCCUUUUCGUGUAGCUGAUGAUGCUUUCUCCACGCGAGUCAAGUACUUCGACUACCUGUUUUAUGUCGAUCUUGAGGCGUCUAUGGCUGAUCCAAAAACUCAGAAUGCUCUCAGAAAUUUGGAGGAGUUUGCAACCUUUUUAAGAGUCCUGGGGAGCUAUCCUACAGACGUGAGCGAAGCUUGAAUAGCAAGUGCUUGCUGCAGAUCACAUGUUAGUGAUUAAUCAAUUGUGUGCCUUUUUCUUAAUCGGAUAAACAUCCGCCUUUUGAUAGCUGUUGUUUGGUGUAAUGAAAUAAACAUAGUUCUCCAUUAUAGAGUCAGAAACAUGUAGCUCUCAGAGCAUAUUUCCUAGUACUUGGAUUGGGACUUGAGCAGUCUUAUUACUCAUAAAAUGUACGUGGGUAGUCCACAGCAGAAUAGUGGAUAUACUCCCGGGGAUUGUUCAGGUUGAGUACAAUGUAGAAUCAGAAUACUGAA